AUGAGCCGGCGCUGGGCGCCGUCGCUCGCGCUCCCCGCGGCGAUCCCCGAGGACGAGGCCCUCGGCGCCGAGCGCCGCGACGCCGACGAGCCGGCGCCGGCGACGCGCGCGCAGCUCGACGCCGCCGAGGCGGCGCUGCGCAAGAUGGAGGCGGACCUCGACGCCAUCGGCGCGUCCCUCGGCGGGGCGUCGCCCGAGCGCCGCCGGAGCAGCGGCGGCAGCGCGAGCUCGGAGUCGAGCGCGGACGACGAGAACGCGCGGCGCCAGACGCUGAGCGGGCCCAUCGCGCGCCGCAAGGUCUGCGCCGCGGCCGCGCGCGGCGCGGCCGCGCCGCCGCCCGCGGCCGCGCCGCCGCCCGCGGCGGCCCGCGGCCGCCCCGCGAGCCCCGUCUACGACAUCGCGAGCGCGACGACGCCCGAGUCCCUCCUCGAGGCGCGGUCCCGCAUGCGCAAGGCCCACGCGCGCCUCGCGGAGGUCACGCGCCGCGGCGACGCCGCCGAGGCCGACUGCGCGUUCGUCUGCGGCGUCACGGCCGUGUCCCACGAGUGCGCGCCGGCGACGGCGACCUGCGCCUACGCCGACGCCAACUACGACCACGGCGCCGGCGUCCUCGCGCCCGAGCCGCCGCGGGGCCGCGAGUGCGACGACGACGGCGACGACGCGCUCGCGGCCCUCGGCAUCUGCUCCGUCGCCCCGAAAUUCCACUUUGCCGGCUCGAUUAUGGCCUCGGCGCGCCGCGGCGCCGCCGCGGUCGUCGCCGUCGGCGCCUACGUCCUCGUCACCCGGAAGCGCGCCAUCGUCACGCGCCUCCAGCGCUGGAUCGCCGACGCGUCGUCCGGCGGCGGCUGGACGAAUCUCGGCUGCGGCGACGGCGGCGGCGACUACGCCGCCGCCUGCGAAGCGCUCUGCCGCCUCGUCGCGCGGGACGUGCCACCGCGGAGCCGCGUGCUCAGCGUCGGCUGCGGCCGCGGGGCGGAGCUGGCGUGCCUCGCGGAGGCGGCGUCGUGCGUGACGGGCGUCGACGCGGGGAUAACAGACGCCGACGUCGCCGCGGCGCGGACGCGGACGGUCGCGCUGCGCCGGGGCGCCGCGGGCGACGUCGCCGCGCUGGAGUCGCCGCGGCGCUUCUACGACGCCGUCCUCGCCGUCGACGCGGCCUACCACUUCGGCGCGGCCGAGGAGGCGCGGUUCCUCGCGGGCGCCGCCGAUGUCCUCUUCGCCGGCGGCGUCUUCGCGUGCAGCCACGUCUGCGUCCGCGAGGGCGCGGCCCUGUCCUUCCGCGACCGGCUCCUGCUCUGGGCCUGCGACGUCCACCCCCGGCGGUCGCGGCGCGCGCUCGCGGCCGCCGUCGCCGCCGCGGGCUUUUCGGACGUCGCCGUCGAGACGGUCCCGCGCGUCCUCGACCGCUGGCCGUUCCUCGGCGCGCUGCCGCUGGACUACGUCGUCGUCCGCGCGACGGUCGCCGCGGGGAAGCCGCGGGGGCCCCGCGUCGCCGUCGUCGGCGCGGGCCUCUCGGGCCUCGUCUGCGCGCGGGCGCUCUCCGCGACGUGCGACGUCACGGUCUUCGAACGGGCGGCGCACGUGGGCUUCGCGAGCCAGAGCGUGGCCAUGGCCGGGGGCGUCGUCGACGUGCCCCUGCGCAUGAUCGGCCAGGGCUACUACGACUCGCUCGAAAAGGUCUGCGCGGCGCUCGGCGUCCCCACGACGCGCGCGACGGUCGACUGCUCCUUCGCCGACUUUGGCAAAGCGGCGCACCUGCGCUACUCGGCGUCGCGCGUCGCGAACUUCCUCGAGCUGCGGGGGCGCUGGGCGCCCGCGCGGUCUUUGGACGCGGCGCUCCGGGACGCGCGCGACGGCGACGGCGCGCGAUCCUGGGGGGCCUGGAAGGCGGACCGGGGCCUGGACGCGGCGUCGAACGCGUGCGUGCGGGCCUUGGACGGCCAGCUCUCCUGGGUGCUGUCCUGCUCGAAACGGACGCUCGAACGCUUCCCCGCGGGUCCCAUCCUCGCGUACGCGCGGGGCCUCGGGCUGGGCCUCGCGGGCUGCCUCCUCGCGCGCGGCUCGCGGGACGUCGUCCGCGUGCGGCCGUCGGUCGCGGCGCUCGAGGCCGCGCUCGCGCACGGGUCGACGCUCGCGCUCGGCGCCGACGUCCGCAACGUCGGCCCGGACCGCGCGGUCGGCGGCCGCGGGCCCUUCGACGCCGUCGUCCUAGCCGUGCCGCCGGGCGCGCUCGCCGCGGCCCUCGACGUCGACGCCGUGCUGCCGUCGGAAGACCGCGAUCUCUUCGCGGGCUUUGCGUCGGAGACGAACCGCAUCGUGCUCCACGCCGACGCGCGGCUCAUGCCGGCGGACCGGCGCGACUGGCGCGCGCUCAACGUGACGGGCGGCGACGGCGACGGCGGCGCGGCCAUGUUGACGGUGUGGCUCAACCGCUACUACCCGGAGCACGCGUUCGACGGCGACGUCUUCCAGACGUGGAACCCGCACGUCGAGCCGGAGGCCGACCGCCGCCUCUCGCCGGACCUCCGCCUGCCCCGCGUCGUCCAGUCCUGGCCCGAGACGCCGAAGAUCCAGGCGCGCGUCGCGGAGCUCCAGGGCGUCGGCGGCUUCUACUUCGCGGGCGCGCACGCGGUCCCGGGCAUGGGCCUCCUCGAGCAGGCCUGCCAGGCCGGCGAGACCGCCGCCGCGCGCGUCCUCGCGGACCUCGCGGCCUGA